GACCUGUGGGUGCGCCGGUGCCCGUGUGGGCGCACCGGUGCAUGCGUGUGUGUGGGCGUGCACAUGCGGAUGCCCGUGUGGCUGUGUCCUGGAUGGGGCUCCGGGGAAUCCGACAGCGAGGCUCUGUCCUUCGCCGCUGGAAGAGGAACUGGUUUGUGCUGUGGCUGGACGGGACCCUGGGCUACUCUCAGGACGAGACUGGCCAGGAUGAAGAAGGACGAGUCCUCAUCCGCUUCAACUGUCGCUCUGUGAAGAGCGGCCACGACUGCCCAGACUUGAAGCCCCCCGAGGGGCUGGACCGGAGCUGCCUGCUGACCGUGCACCUGAGGGACGGACCCCGGCUGGUCCUCUGUGCGGAGAGCAAAGACGACGCUGUGGCUUGGAAGACGGCCUUGUUGGAGGCAAGCUAUUCCCUGGUGUACAACCCUUACGACGACUACUACCAGCCGGUGGCCCUGGACGCCCAUCACGUGACCUUCGUCAACACCGGCCACUACGGCCCCUACGCCGGAAUCCUGCCGGGAGCAACUGCACCCGCCUUUUCCAAGCCUGGGCCUGAGGACAAGCAUAUUGCGAGAACCCCCCUUACCACUGCUGUCAGUCUGUGGACGCCUUGGGCCUGGUGGAGAUUUCUAUCCCGGUUGAGAAGAUACUACAAGACCUCCCGGCAUUCCUGAUGCAGGCGCACAUCAAAACCCCAGUCCCCUUCUCCAACACUACAGAUUUCACUUGCGUUGAUGUGUAAGAGCGCAAGACGGCCCAGAACUCUGUGAGUUUGGCUUCACGAGGGAGGAAGCCGCUUCCACUCUGAAGGAGCGGCUGCCCACUGGACGUGGGCAGCGCCUGGGGCCGUAGCAGGCAUGGGCAAGAAAGCUGGGGCGCCUCUCGGCCUGCUGCUCUUUAAUAAACGCUCCUUGCCGCACCCCACCCACUUAACCGAUGGCUUGCCCCCGCUGCCUGGGACCCCGCACCGACCCAGACCCGUUCCCUGCCUACAGACGCCGCCGCCGUCUGAAAACCCCCCGGGUCUCGGCAGGGCCGGGGGAAAGGAUACUGUCUUCUCGGCUCUUGUCCUGAGAGCUUUCCAUCCCGGGCAAGGCCGCGGCCACACGUCGGAAGAGCUGCGGGGAGGGAACAGUCAGAAGAAUGGAAUCAGUUGAUCGACCGAGUACAUCGGGAGUACGGUGUCUGACCUGAUUACCUUGUGUUUUCCCCAGUGCUUAGAACAGGGCUUGA